CUAAAUCGAAACAUGCCUCCUAAAACUUCAGGAAAAGCUGCAAAAAAGGCCGGUAAGGCUAAAGCUGUCAGAACUGGCGACAAGAAGAGAAAACGUAAGCGAAAGGAGAGCUAUAGCAUCUACAUCUACAAGGUGUUGAAGCAAGUUCACCCAGACACUGGUAUCUCCAGCAGAGCUAUGGGAAUCAUGAACAGCUUCGUCAACGAUAUCUUCGAACGUAUUGCCGGUGAAGCAUCUCGUCUAGCUCACUACAACAAGAAAUCCACCAUCACCAGCAGGGAAGUCCAAACCGCUGUUCGUCUCUUGCUGCCCGGUGAAUUGGCCAAACAUGCCGUAUCUGAAGGCACCAAAGCUGUCACCAAAUACACCAGUUCCAAGUAAACUACUUGAUCUGCAAUUUCAAACCAAACGGCUCUUUUCAGAGCCACCCAAAAGUUCAAGAGAGAUUUGUGAAUAUUCAAUGUCUGUUGUUUUUUUUUUCUUCUGUUGUUGGAAUAUAAGAAAUUAUCAAGUACUAGUGAACAUAAUUCAGUCCAUAUUAAUGCAAGGUUUUGAUUUUUACAACGAUAGGCUAGGCCUGUAAGUAACUUAUUUGCAUCAACAUGCAGAAAUUUCAGUUCAGACUCUUCACAGCCAUUGUAAAUUUCAAAAAGAUUUGUUGGUGUUCUGUAAUUCCCCAUGUACGUUGGACACGCAUUUGUAACCGGAGUAUCAAAAUAUAUUUUACAAUGUGCUUUGUAAAAUAUGAGGAAGACUAUAAUUCAUAAUUUUAAAUUAAUGCCACCGAACCGGCAGAAUAACCUUAAAAUUGGGAUAAAGGCAAUGAUUAAAAAAUAAUAUUGCAGUUAUGUUUAUCUAACAUCUAAAUCUAAUUUACUUGGGAAUCUUAGUAUUAACGCAUUUGCAAAUUGGUCCUAAAACGAAGGUUUCGGUAUACAGUGUACUGUACUAAUAUUACAGUACAUACUGGCGGAUCCAGGACAGCUUUCCCCUUCAAUACAAUCAUGUUAAAAAACUGAAAGUACAGUAGGUCUACACAACCUA